AUGGUAGGUGUGUGCUUCCUCGAAAAAGUUAUUAGUAUAGCCGUACGACAACGUUGCACAUGGUCCAUAAGUGAACUACACCAAGAGCGACCACCUCUCGAGAGAGACGUUCGUAUUCGACUGUUACACUUUGGUAGGGCUUCUACACUCGGCUCUGUUCCCCCAGACAUGAAGUUUUCGCACUCACUGCAGUUCAACGCUGUUCCAGAAUGGUCCUCCCGGUAUCUUGCGUAUUCUCAGCUUAAACGCCUGAUUUACUCGUUGCAGAAGGACAAGCUGUACCAGAGUAGCUUCUCUGAUCCAGAGUUGGUACCGCUCCAGGAUUCGUUCACGCAAAGAUUUGUCGAGGCCCUCGAUAAAGAGCUGUACAAGAUCGACAAGUUUUACCACCAACAGGAGUCUCGAAUUUUCAACUCAUACCAGGAAGUGGUCGAUGAUCUCAAAGAGUUUCAAACGGAACAGGCUCUAAACGAUCGAACCAGCAGAAGAAGUAGUGUCUCCAACAAUUCCGAGGCAUCUGGCGGUUCGGUUCCGUAUAUUCGGCACGACACGUCUUUCUUGGACGAUGAGGUCAAUGUCAACACCAGCUCCAACAGACCGGAGCAUACGGGGAGCGACAUGACCGCCAUGGCCCCUUUAAUCUCACGGAGCACAAACUACCUGGCCAGGCUUGAUCCUAUCAUUGAAGAUAAGAUCAAUCUCAAGAAAAGGCUGGUGGUCGCUUUCACGCAGUUGUCGGAGCUCAAGAGUUUUAUCGAGCUCAACCAAACUGGGUUUUCCAAGAUUUGCAAAAAGUUCGAUAAAAGUUUAGAGACUAGAAUCAAGUCCGAAUACAUCGCGCGCCUCUCUUCGAGAGUCAAAGUUUUCAAACCUGAGACCAUUGCAAACGUUGAAAGCAAGAUAAACGAUGCGAUUGGUCUGUAUGCCUCGCUGAUGAAUACUUCGUAUUCUACCGGCGAUGAAAUAGUUGGGUUCCAGGAGGCCGAGAAAGAGCUCUCCAUGCAUCUCCGGGAGCAUGUGGUUUGGGAAAGGAACACAGUGUGGAAAGAUAUGAUAAACCUAGAGCGUCAAGCUCAAAACGUCAAAGUAGCAGGUGCGCUGAAGCGCAAACCCACGAAAACAAAACUGUUGGACGACGAAGUUCAGCGAUCACCGUCUCCAGAAGCAUUGCCAAACGCCACUUUGACCGAUGCGCUACACUUAACGCCCGCUCAAUAUUUCAAAAUCCUGAUCAAGUCGAAUGGUUUACUGAAAUUCACCGCAAUCACAUUUGUCUUUUUGAUGUCCCUUACAUUCUCUCCCAUCCAAGAUAUGCUGCAGAAAAAUUGUUUUGCAAUCCUUGUGUAUGCUUCGUUGCUGUGGGCCACAGAGACAAUUCCACUGUUUGUCACCUCUUUAUUGGUCCCCCUGUUGAUUGUGGUUCUUCCAGUACUCAAAGACAGCGAUGGCCAUGUCAUGGACCCUCAGCAAUCUUCUCAAUACAUCUUGUCGACGAUGUGGUCCAGCGUUAUUAUGCUGUUGCUCGGAGGCUUCACACUCGCUGCCGCCUUGUCCAAAUACAAUGUGGCUAAAGUUAUUUCCACACACGUUUUGGCAUCAGCGGGUACUAAUCCCAAAACCAUCCUGCUGACUAACAUGUGCGUUGCGUUGUUUGUGUCGAUGUGGGUUUCUAACGUUGCCGCCCCUGUGCUCUGCUACUCGAUUAUACAGCCGUUACUAAGGACCCUCCCCAAAAACAGUUCGUUUGCCAAAUCUCUGAUUUUGGGCAUUGCGUUGGCAUCAAAUGUUGGCGGGAUGGCUUCUCCCAUUGCUUCCCCCCAAAAUAUUAUCUCUAUCGGUAUGAUGGAUCCACCCCCAAGCUGGGAGCAAUGGUUCAUCGUAGCACUGCCAGUAUGUUGCGUAUGUGUCUUUGGAAUCUGGGUGAUGCUUCUUUUGACCUUCCCAGUAGAAAAGGAUUUAAAGCUGCUACAGCUACAUCCGAUAAGAGAUCCAUUCACUAUCCAACAGUGGUUUGUCACUCUUUGUACCAUCGGAACUAUUGUGCUGUGGUGCAUGGCUAAACAGCUAACCGGAAUUUUUGGGGAAAUGGGUGUCAUAUCAAUUAUCCCUAUUGUUCUCUUGUUUGGUACUGGCAUGUUAACUUCAAGCGAUUUCAACAACUUCAUGUGGACAAUCAUUGUCCUCGCGAUGGGUGGAACAACUUUAGGGAAGGCUGUGACGUCUUCAGGCCUUUUGGCAGCUAUUGCAGCUUCAAUAAAGGAACAAGUAGAGGACAAGCCCAUUUUUGUCAUUGUUCUUAUCUUUGGGAUUGUUAUUCUAGUCAUGGCUACAUUUGUAUCCCAUACGGUCGCUGCCAUGAUUAUUGUUCCUCUAAUGAGUGAAAUAGGUAAAAAUCUACCUUCUGGCGACCAUUCGCGUAUAUUGGUCAUGGUUGCCGCAUUGCUUUGCUCGGGGGCGAUGGGCUUACCUACUUCUGGCUUCCCAAAUGUCACUGCUAUAUCCAUGAUAGAUGAGCUAGGUGAUAGGUACUUAACUGUUGGGAACUUCAUUACCCGAGGCGUUCCUGCCAGUAUAUGGUCUUAUUUGGUCAUAACGACAAUAGGCUACGGAUUGAUGAAGUUAAUAGGCUAUUGA